AAUAAAUGGAUACACAUGUAGAUUCAUUUGGAUAUUUUACUUUUGCUGUUUGGAAGCGCUUUUGUGAAUUAAUUUUAUUUUAUAAUAAUUUAGCAUAGCUAUGUGGAUCUAAAGUAAAAUCUUAAGAAGCCAAUAUUCUAUCCCUGUUCCUUUAUAUAAUUUUUUUUCUCGCUUUUUUAAAAAAAAAAUCAUUUUACUCCAUUGUUAGUAUAUGUAUGAACACACACACACACACACACACACACACACACACACUGGUGUCCUUUUUCUUGAAAAAAGCAACUGUAUAUGAUACAUAUUUUUCUCCACCUUACUUUUUCACUUAAUAUUGUUUUCUGGAUAUGGCUCCAUAAUAACCUAUAGAUAUGCACUAUAUAUUUUAUUACACUGAAAUGUAUGGAUGUAGUAUAGUUUAUUCAGAUAGUUUUUUACUGACAGAUUUGAGUUUGUAGUAUUUAAAAAUUUUUUCCAGUAUUCUUACUAUUUCAUCUAUAUUGCAGUAAAUGCCUGUGUGCAUAUGUCUUUGUAAUUUUGCAUAUCGCUGGAAAUGGGAUUGCUGAGUCAAAGGAUAAAUGCACAUGUAAUUUUUGCUAAACAUUACCAACUAUCCCAGAAUUGGGUUCCCCAGGAACCCAACUCAAAGACCGAGAGAGUAAGCAGAAAGUUUACUAGGAGGGACUCUCCGAAUCAGCACCUAUGGGGGAAGGGAAGAUGGAAGGAUUGGAAAAGAGAAAUGUGUCUAUGGGGCAAAGUUUAGUAGCAAAAAUUUUAAUGGUGUUUCACUAGUAAGUAAAACACGGGGAAAACUAUAAGUGUCUAACAGAUGGAAUAUUGCUCAAAUAACUAUGGUAUAGGGGCACUGGGGUGGUUCAGUCGGUUAAGCAUCCAACUUCGGCUCAGGUCAUGAUCUCACAGUUCAUGAGUUCGAGCCCCGAGUCGGGCUCUGGGCUGACGGCUCAGAGCCUGGAGCCUGCUUCAGAUUCUGUGUCUCCCUCUCGCUCUCUGCCCUUCCCCCUCUCAUGCUCUGUCUCUGUCUCUCAAAAAUAAAUAAAUGUUAAAAAAAAAAAAUUUUAAUAAGAUAAAAUAAAAAUCUUUAAAAAAAUAGUAAUUAUGGUAUAUCUUACUCUUUAACUCCUUAAAGACUUAUUACUUAAAGGAGUAAGAAAAUACUGAUGAUACAAUAGACAAAAUUAAUAUAUAAAACUACAUUAAAUGAUGCCAAAUUAGUUAAGAUGUGUACAGAUAGAAAAUAAAAGUAUUAAUAGUAUAUCUCUAGAGAUAAGCUGAUAGGUGAUUAUUAUUUUCUUCUUUAAACAUUUGUUAUCUCCAAGUUGUCUAUAAUUAUAACCUGAAAAAAAUUUUAUAUCACUCCUCUGCCUUUGUAUAAACCCUUACACAAUAGGAAAUUUUCCUCAAAUUAUACUAAGAUUCUUUCUUUGACCUUAUGUCUUAUAUUGUUCUAUUAAUGCAGCAACAAAAUGGGUAAAGAUGCAAAUUUCAUUACCAUAUCAGUUUUCCUUCCCUCUUUCUAGAACCUGUCAAUCCAUUCUUUCACUCAGCUAAAAUGUGCUGAGAGCCUGUGAAACUGUAGACACUAUUUUGGGCUCUGGGCCUACAGUAGUGUUUAACUGAAGUCCAUACUUGAUUGACCAACAGAAGUGUUGGGAAUGUUCAGGUGCGGGGAGGAUCUCAGGCGGGAUCAGCAGCAGCUCCUGGAAGGGAUCUCAGAGCUGGACAUCAAGACGGGGGGAGUCCCCUCGCAGCUGCUGGUGCACGGGGCCCUGGCCUUCCCGCUGGGGUUAGACGCCUCGCUCGGCUGCUUCCUGGCAGCCGCCCGCUAUGGCCGGGGCCGGGUGGUCCUCGCCGCCCACGAGGGCAUGCUCUGGGCUCCCAAGAUGGGGCCCUUUUGGCUCAAUGCUGUGCGCUGGCUGGCCAGAGGCCAGACAGGCAAAUGUGGGGUGAACACAGAGCUGAAAAACCUGUGCGCCCUCCUGUCGGAGCACGGCCUGGAGUGCGGUCUGCAGCCCCAUCUGACGCACGACUUGCGUGUCUACUGCUGCAAGGCCUACUGUGACAAGGAGGCCAAGCAGCUACAGGAGUUCGUGGCCGAGGGUGGGGGCUUGCUGAUCGGGGGCCAGGCCUGGUGGUGGGCCUCCCGGAACCCGGGCCGCUCCACUUUGGCCAGUUUCCCCGGCAACGUCAUCCUCAACCGCUUUGGCCUCAGCAUCCUGGCUCAGACCCUCGAUCCGGGCUGCUUCCCUGUCCCCACCCCCGAGAUGCAGAGCUACCACAUCCGCACGGCGCUGUGCGAGUUCCAGGCCACGCUGAACCGUGGGGCUGGGAACCUGGAAAAGCGCUGGCUGGCAAAGCUGGGAGCAGAUGGUGCGGCCUUCCUACAGAUUCCCGCGGAGGGGGUCCCGGCUUACGCCUCCUUGCACCGGCUCCUGAGGAAGAUGCUGCGUCUGUCAGGCCUCCCAGCCGUGAGCCGGGAGCACCCAGUGGCUGGCGAUUCCUGUGAGGCCGCAGUGCUCUGCCUGGCCACGGAGCUGGCACGCUCUGGGACUGACUGCUCCCAGCUGGUGCGCGAGCUUGGGACGGGGACCUGCGGCUCCCUUCUGGCCCCCUCAGAUCAGCCCAUCACUGUGGAGAUCGAUGGCAGCAACCCAGGCAACGAGGACCGCUGGGUGAGUACCGGGCUCUACCUCCCGCACGGACAAAGUGCAGAAGUCUCGCUCUCCGAAGCUGCGGCCUGCGCCGGUCUGAAGAUACAGGUUGGCUGCCACACUGAUAACCUGACCGAGGCCAGAAAGCUGUCCCGAGCCCCUGUGGUGACUCACCAGUGCUGCAUGGACAGGACCACGCGGUCGCUCUCCUGCCUCUGGGGCGGCCUCCUCUAUGUCAUCGUGCCGAAGGGCAGCAAACUGGGCCCCAUACCUGUCACCAUCAAGAGGGCCGUGCCUGCCCCAUACUACAAGCUGGGUAAGACAUCGGUGCAGGAGUGGAAGAACUGUGUCCAGGAGAGCCUGGCUCCCUGGGGAGAGCUGGCCACCGAUAAUAUCAUCCUGACGGUGCCAACGGCAGACCUCCGUACCCUGGAGGACCCCAAGCCUGCACUCCACCUCUGGGACGAGAUGAUGCAGGCGAUAGCCCAGCUGGCAGCCCAGCCUUUCCCUCUCUGCCGUCCCGAGAGGAUUGUUGCCGACGUGCAGAUCUCAGCCGGCUGGAUGCACUCAGGAUACCCCAUCAUGUGCCACCUGGAGUCAGUGCAGGAGCUCAUCAAUGAGGCAGGCAUGAGGAGCAGGGGUCUGUGGGGACCCAUCCAUGAGCUGGGUCACAACCAGCAGCAACAAAAGUGGGAGUUCCCCCCACACACCACUGAGGCCACCUGCAACCUCUGGUCAGUCUAUGUGCAUGAGACGGUCCUGGGCAUCCCCAGGGCUCAGGCCCAUCCUGCGCUGAGCCCUUCAGAACGAGAGAAGAGAAUUAAAACCCACGUAAGAAAGGGAGCCCCACUGCACGACUGGAAUGUGUGGACAGCUCUGGAAACAUACCUACAGCUCCAGGAAGCCUUUGGGUGGGAGCCAUUCACCCAGUUAUUUGCUGAGUACCAGACACUCUCUGGCACCCCCACAGACAAGGCUGGCAAGAUGAAUCUGUGGGUGAAGAAGUUCUCGGAAAAGGUGCAGAAGAAUCUGGCUCCAUUCUUUGAGGCCUGGGGCUGGCCUGUCCAGAAGGAAGUGGCCGCCAGCCUGUCCUGUCUGCCUGAGUGGCAAGAAAACCCCAUGCGGGUGUACGUGCAUCCUCAGGUAUAAAGGAUGUGCAGCAAGGCAGUGGGGUGGUGGUGGUGGGGAGGAACGAUCACUCGCCAAGGCCACCACCCAUGUUUCCAGCUUAGCUUCUUGAGCCUGAGCCCCACAUCCAUCCCUGAGCUGUCUUCAGGAAGGCAGCUAAGGUCAUAAGAUAAAAUGACCCCAACUUUCUCAGGAAAAUGCCCUUGUUACUAUUUCCCUGUUCAACCGACUUGCUUCACCACCCUCCUUCUCCAGCAGAGGACCUUUUAUCUGCGCAUCUUGAGGUCCUGCAGUCUCGUGGCUUCUACUUUUGACCAACAGUUCCAACGACUAUGGGUUACCAUAACAAUCUGACACUCCCUCACCCCUGCCAGCCUUGAACAUGACUGUAAAUUUCUUAUGCUUUGGGAAGUUUUCUAAUAGCAAGAGAGGCUGGUAUAGAGAGCCCUGGACUUGUUUGGUUCUGUGGGAAAUCUCUUCAACUCUCUGUGCUUCUGUAUUCUCAUCCAUGACUUGGGGAUAAAAGUCCACUGUUUGACAAUGGUGAACAUGUUCAUCCACUGCAAAAUGCAUACACACGCAAGGGCAUUCUUCAGCUUUUGCCAGGUCCCAUGGUGGCCUGGCCUGUCUAUCCAGUCUUGUGUGGACAACCUGAAGACUGAAUCCCACCUCAGAGUUGGCCACUUGAGGUAGGCAUGCAGUCUCUGUGUAAGACUAUGUAAUGAGUACAGGUGUUCUUUCCAGACAUGGUGAUGACAGUUACUGAGAUCCUAGCCUGUCUUACGUCCUUUCUCCCACCUCUAGAAGGACUCGUGGGUAUGACCUAACCCAAAGAGUGGUAUAAAUUCAAGUAAGAUGGUAUAAAUUCAAGCUCAAUGUUACAAAGCCACUUGGUCUGUUUGGUUAGUUCCAUCUUCUAGUACUUGUGUUUCAACCAAAAGUAAAGUCACAGCAGUAACCCCUACCAGGUCCACCAGCCUGUUUGUUCUUAGCACAAAACAGGUGACUGACUCCUCUGGUCACCAAAGAAUCAAGGCGCUGUCCGGUGAUAACAACAGCUGUACUGAAUGAAAAGUCUUUGUGCAUGACAGCCUUUACUCAGGAGCAGGAUUACUGGAUGCAGCAGACCAAAUUAACCCUGAGCUUUCUAAUAAUGCAUUCCAGCCCAUCCCAACUCUUUGGCUAGGUGGAGUUCUAAAUGGAACUACAUCUCCAGGAUUAAUGGGGUGUGGCCAUUUUUCUCUAGCUUACUUUUAAACCAUAUUUUGUGGUUUGAAUAUCAUUCCAUGAACUGCGUUCAGAGUAGAGUAGCUCUUCCAAAGAAGAACUGACUUAGGAAAUGCCUUUUUUGAAUCCCAUCCUCCUCCUCCCGAUUCUAGGUUAAUUUCCUUUUAUUUCACUACUAUAUUUUCUCAGGUGCUUUUCACAUGAAAGGUGCUCAAUAAACAUUUGUGAGUUCAAAGAACAGUGAUGACACCCAGCUCACAAUGAGCGAUCAGUACGUGCAGGCACUGUGUGGGGUAUUUAAUGUGAGUUAUCUCAUGGAAUUUACACAACAGACCUUUGAAGUAGGUACUAUUAUUAUUCCCAUAUCAAAAAUGAGGAGACAGAUACUAAUGAAUAUUAAAUAACUUCUGAAGUCACCCAGAUAAUAAGAGGAAAAGUCAGGGCUUGAGUGAAACCCCUGGCAGUGAAAAACUCCUCCAUGAAAGAUUUAUAAUUUAAACAAAAAUCUACCUAGAAAAUGGAAGUUCAACAAACUUCUGACUUACUUCAUGUUAACUACUGAAUUUUUACUAAAUAUCAAAUUUAACCUCCAAAAAGUAUUGGUACCUGAUUUUCUGGUUGUCUCAGCAUGUGACUAGUUAGCUUCCAUAUAGGUAGAGAAAGGAGUUGAACCCAGGAAAUUCAACUCCAGAACUGGUAUUCUUAUCGAUGAUGUUAAGGAAGACUACAUGGAUGGAUAAUACCAGCUUUAAGAGGCUGCCAUAGAACACCAACAAUGAAGCAACAGAAAGAGAAAUCAAGGAAUCUAUCCCAUUUACAAUUGCACCAAAAACCAUAAAAUACCUAGGAAUAAAUCUAACCAAAGAGGUGGAAAAUCUAUACACUGAAAACUACAGAAAGCUUAUGAAAGAAAUUGAAGAAGACACAAAAAAAUGGAAAAACAUUCCAUGCUCCUGGAUAGAAAGAACAAAUAUUGUUAAAAUGUUGAUACUAUCCAAAGCAAUCUACAUAUUCAAUGCAAUCCCUAUCAAAGUAACACCAGCAUUCUUCACAGAGCUAGAACAAAUAAUCCUAAAAUUCGUAUGGAACCAGAAAAGACCCUGAAUAGCCAAAGCAGUCUUAAAAAAGAAAACCAAAGCAGGAGGCAUCACAAUCCUGGACUUCAACCUAUACUACAAAGCUGUAAUCAUCAAGACAGUAUGGUACUGUCACAAGAACAGACACUCAGAUCAAUGGAACAGAAUAGAGAACCCAAAAAUGGACCCACAAACAUAUGGCUAAUCUUUGACAAAGCAGAAAAGAAUAUCCAAUGGAACAAAGACAGUCUCUUCAGCAAGUGGUGCUGGGAAAACUGGACAACGACAUGCAGAAGAAUAAACCUGGGUCACUUUCUUACACCACACACAAAAAUAAACUCAAAAUGGAUGAAAGACCUCAAUGUAAGACAGGAAGCCAUCAAAAUCCUCGAGGAGAAAACAGGCAACAACCUCAUUGACCUCAGCCACAGCAACUUCCUACUCAACACGUCUCUGGGGGCAAGGGAAGCAAAAGCAAAAAUGAACUGCUGGGACCUCAUCAAAAUAAAAAGCAAAGGAAACAAUCAGCAAAACUAAAAGCCAACCAACGGAAUGGGAGAAUAUAUUCGCAAAUGACAUAUCAGAUAAAGGGUUAGUAUCCAAAAUCUAUAAAGCACUUACCAACUCAACACCCAAAAAACAAAUAAUCCAGUGAACAAAUGGGUAAAAGACAUGAAUACUUUUCCAAAGAAGACAUCCAGGUGGCUAACAGACACAUGAAAACAUGCUCAAUAAAAAAAAAUAAAAUAAAAAAUUUUUAAAAAUUUAAAAAAAAAGCUCAACAUCACUCAUCAUCAGGGAAAUACAAACCAAAACCACAAUGAGAUACCACCUGACACCUGUCAGAAUGGCUAACAUUAACAACUCAGGCAACAACAGAUGUUGGCCAGGAUGCAGAGAAAGAGGAUAUCUUUUGGACUGCUGGUGGGAAUGCAAGCUGGUGCAGCCACUCUGGAAAACAGUAUGGGGGUUCCUCAAAAAAUUAAAAAUAGAACUACGCUACGACGCAGCAAUUGCACUAGUAGGUAUUUAUCCAUGGGAUACAGGUGUGCUGUUUCGAAGGGACACAUGCACCCCCAUGUUUACAGCAGCUCUAUCAACGAUAGCCAAAGUAUGGAAAGAGCCCAAAUGUCCAUCGAUGGAUGAAUGGAUAAAGAUGUGGUGUAUAUAUACAAUGGAGUAUUACUCAGCAAUCAAAAUAAUGAAAUCUUGCCAUUUGCAACUAUAUGGAUGGAACUGGAGGGUAUUAUGCUAAGUGAAAUUAGUCAGAGAAAGACAAAAAUCAUAUGACUUCACUCAUAUGAGGACUUUAGGAAAAAAAAUAGAUUAACAUAAGGGAAGGGAAACAAAAAUAAUAUAAAAACAGGGAGGGGGACAAAACAGAAGAGACUCAUAAAUAUGGAGAACAAACAGGGUUACUGGAGGGGUUGUAGGAGGGGGGAAGAGCUAAAUGGGUGAGGGGCAAUAAGGAAUCUACUCCUGAAAUCAUUGUUGCACUACAUGCUAACCAAUUUGGAUGUAAAUUUAAAAAAAUAAAUAAAAUUUUAAAAAAAGAGGUUGUCAUAGAGACAAAGACAAACCCUGACUCUUCCCCCACACACUCUGUAGUGGAAAUUGGAGCCCUUCCCUCUUACAAAUGGCUCUGCUGGUUGUUUCUGAGUUCACAAUUAAUUGUAACUGUUACAAUGUCAGGGUAUUCUGUAUCCAAGUACAUUUGCUCACAAGGAUGUCAAUGUAGGUCUCAACAUCAAUAAAUGCUGUCUUCCAGGAA